GAGAGAGAGAGAGAGAGAGAGAGAGAGAGAGAGAGAGAGAGAGAGAGAGAGAGAGAGAGAGAGAGAGAGAGAGAGUCGUAGGGGAUGGACGCAUAGUGAAGUGCUCUGAUUGUUUUUGCCCCUUUCGGGAGAUACUCGAGGACCACACCUCCGAAAAGUGAUUAGCAGUGUCCGUGAGUGUUACACCAGUGCGAGGAUAUAUACUAAGUGAAGGAAUUCAGUGCUAUAGUGGUUAAAACAGUGAGUGAAGUUUGAAAACAGGAAACUGCACGUGGAAGUGCGGAAGCCUGUAUCACACAGAGUGACCUUGACAAGGGAUUAGCUUGACCUGACCGCGACCCUCCACCCCACUGUCACCCAGUACUCCUUACCCCCACACGACACCUCCCUCUCUCUCCCAGCAUUCCUGGCUCACAUAUCAAAUGGCUCAUCCAGUUAUGGUGUCCGAAUGUUUUGAACACCGCAUCGAAAGACCCAGUGGCAUCAGUGGAUAUAGACCAGCUGUUUGGUGUGCAGUAUGUGGCCGCAAAGAGUCACUACAGCCAGUGAAGGAAUGCACUAAGGAAGGGUGUCCAAACAUCUGUCACGUGAAUUGUCUGGGCGUGGCAACAGAGUUCAGCUGUGGCAACACCGCACAGCUCCGUGACCUGGCGGGGAUCAGCGACCCUGUGACUCCUUACUCAAGAAAUCACCAGGCAACUACUGAUCUCCAAACCCAGACGGACUCCGCCUCGCAACAAAGUGUAGAGGAGCCUCAGGACGACUUAGGAGACCUACAGAAGGAGGAACUGGUGAAAAUGGUGAAAAUCGCCAGGAACCUUCGAAAGGAGCUCGCCUCAUCAAAGAGUCAGCUGAGCUGCUACAGAUCCGUCACGGCGGGUCUUGCUGACAAGCGGGUAGUGCUAGUAGAGGCAGUGUCUAUAGUGGACACUCUCCUAGCCACCCUCGCUAGUGAGGGCCUGGUGCAACAGACAGUAGCGUGCACGGCUCGUCCUCAUAAAAUUGUGAGCGAAACAGGUGAGACUGUGACUGUGGGCUCAGGGGAGUGUGAUUCCUUCUCUUCUCCUUCCCUUACAUCCCCCCUCUCUUCCUCACCCAACACCACUGUCCCUCUCUCUACCAUCCCCAACCCGCCUACGCCUAACACCUCUGUCCUACUCCCUACCCUCUCCUCCCCACCUACACAUUCCUCCCCACCCAACACCUCUGUCCCACUCCCUACCCUCCCCACCCCACCAACACCUUUCUCCCCACCCAACACCUCUGUCUCUUCCUCUACUAUCCCCACCCCACCUACACCUUCCUCCCCGCCCAAAACCUCUAUUCCUCUCCUACCCUCCUCCUCUGCCCAACUGAACCCUCCUUCAUCCUCUACUCCUCCUACCCCUCCCACCUCACUCGACAUUGCUGCACUACCUCACCCAACCCCCUCCUCUAACAACACACUACCUCCCAACUCCCAAACUCCCUACCCAACCCACCCCAACCCCACACACCCCAGAACCUCCUGUCCUGCCAUACCCUGCAUCAACGCUACAGCAAGGUGUGCCCCAAACAAGAGGGGAAUACCCUGCCACCACGCAAAGCAGCUCUGCUGGCAGGCAACACCGCCCUAAGCGAAAGAAGAGGAGGAAUACGGCCACAGGAAGGAACUCCGACUCCAGUGAAUCAUCAUCCGAGCGUCGGCAGCAGCAGUCACGACAGGAGGUGAUUCAGGCGAGACAGCAGCAGACCAAGUGCCCUCAGUGCAAACGUCAGGGACACACUCGGGAUCAGUGCCCGAGGCAGGUCUGUGAUUACUGUCAAGGCCGCCAUCUGUAGGAUCAGGAUUGCGGACGUGAGACAGCAGGAGUUAGUGCAGGCAGUGAGGCAGAGUGGUCAGGAAACACUAGUCGCUUCCUCUGCUCAGACACACAAGGGCUCCACUCACGACUCCUCACAGCUCCUCACCACCACAUUGGCCUGCGGCCGCACCUGCCUUCCCAGCUCACUAUGGCGCCAGACACCCCUACUACCUGGCGC